AUGGCGAGCCACCUGCAGCGGCGAACCUUCUCCAACCCUCUCCUUCGACGACUUGUUUUCUCUAAAAUCGGGGGAUCGAGGGGGCUCUCAAGUGAUGCUCUCGCGGAGCUCCAGCCAGGCGAGAUCGGAAUGGUGUCGGGGAUUCCUCACGAGCACCUCCGACGGAAGGUACGCUCUGUAAAAUUGGAAUCGCAAUCUGGAUGCCACCUUAGGCCCGUGAGUCAUCGAAUUGAUGUACGUCCACGACAAUGUCGUCGACUAAUGGGGGUCAUUGAUCACGAAAGUGUGACUUGUAAUUAGCUAUCUUCACGUGGAUUUUCCUGUCUGGAUAAAUUAGAUCCAAGAGUGAAAGGCAUCUAUGGGUUUGGCCGAUUUCGACGAAAAUACGUAUCCUUCCAAUUGAUUUCACCUGGGUACCUCAGGUCUAUUCACUAUGGUAGAGGCACAUACAUCACUUAAUUCCUAGUCCUCAUAAACGCCAUUUGUGUCUGUAAAAUGAUGUUGUCGGUGUCAAGUUUGCUUCGACUAACCGUAAGUGCCGAUGAAACCUUUCAGAUCUUAACAAUGCUAUUCUCUGUUAAGAAAAGACUGAAUUGCGUAUUUUCAUUGUUCACCUCAAUGAUUGAGAACUCUUUGUCCUGCGAACUGGAUUUUGAAUAUGAGCACGAUUAGACUCUCUAUCUCUGUCCUGUGAAAACAAUGCUGCUCAAGUAUUGAAUUUAAUUUGUAAGUGAUGCGUACCAAAGAUCCCAUAUACUCAAUGGAAGCCGUGCGAAGAGUGCUUGAAAGUUUCUACACACCCAGAAGAUCACUCAUGUAAUAUUGUUCACCUAAGUAGGAAGAAAGGAGAACCGCAUUCUCGUCUUAUUCGUGUGAAUGAUGAGACAGUUUUGUGCGUCUUUGGGGACGCCAUCCCUUCAUUUCCAAAUUCGCAGCCGUGGUUUAUACCAGAGAUGACAUCUGCUUAACCUAGACCCUAUGCACGAAAAGUUUUACUAAGCCGCAGAAUCACUCAUUCUGCAGCUCAUCCUAUCCUUUUCUUAAUUAUAGGAUUUUUUUUUCAGGGAAGAUGAGAAUACAGAACACGAUUCUCCCGAGAAUUGUGACAGAAAACUUAAGAUAACAGAGACGUCUAUCUAACAUCAUUUGUUUCCCUUCCUUUUUUGGUACUAGAGCAUUUUUUUGGGAAAGUUGUGCUGCCACUUUGGUCGUCAUUUUAACUGAAACCUGUUAAACAAGUGGGGUCAAACAAGAACAAAAAAUAAAAAGGAAAAUUUACUCCACGGGGAAUCUAAACUGCUCCUAACACUAAUUCAAUGUUUAUUCCUCUUGUUCAUCUGAUCCUUUUAUUAUUUUUCUUAACUUUAGCCUUCAGUCGUCGUAAAAAAUAUGAGUAAACUGGCCAUUGUGAGGAUACAGUGAAUCUUAGUAAACCUUUUUCACCAAAGAAGUUAUGGCAUCCGUGAGUCCAAAAGUGUGCUGUAAGUUGAUAAAAAAGGACUUUAUCACUUUCUGUCAUGCCUGAAAAAGUAUGAAACACUAUUAUCUGUGAUAUCAUCACUCAAAUGAUCGUUGCGAAUUCUUAUCUCGCCGGUACAAUCCUUCCUGACAGGGAGGACAUCAUGUCAGCCUGCUGGGGUUGAUAAUGUAUCCUCCGUACCUAGAAAUCCUUUGGUGUAUUAUUUGCGUUCCUUGUUCAGGAAAGAACGCAAAUCAUGGAAAAUACACUUGUACAAGGCCUGAAGAUCCAGCAGCUCACUAUCAAAAUUAGAAUUGACCUAUUCACAUGCUAUUGAAAUGAAGAAAUCAGUCUGUUACCAUCCAGUUCAGGACUUCUAAGUGCCCUUUUCAAGCGAUAAUAUCACGUACACAAGAAAAUUUGAGAUGGUGAGAGGGGAGCUGACUAGCAGCAAACACUGGCACACUCUUUUGAGCAUGGACAGUUGAUUCUGGCUGCGGCAGCUGUUUCCGAUCGGAUUAAGAGGAGGGACAAGGAAAAAGCAGGAAAGAAGAAGAAUGAGAAGAGUCCUAUACCCUGUGGAGGAAGAACUAUGAAUCUCUUUUCCAGUUACAUUGAAGAGAGUACAAUUUAACUUCAACUUUCAUGUGCUUUUGUUUUGAACCUCAACUAUCAACUUUUUUGACCUUUAUGGAUAAAAGAGAAGAGGAACUUAGAACUGCCAAUGAACAUACAGUGCUUGAUCGGAAGAGAAAUAUGAUGGUUGUGUUCAUAUUCCCAGCAAAAGUUCUUCCGGAAUCUGAUAACACUACUCAUGGUCUUUCGUGUCCCUUUUUAGUUUAUAUAUUUGCUUGAAGUUUUAAUUCUAUAAGGACUUUUGCCUUUGGUCUAUUCAUGUUCAUGAGAAGCUGUGAGUUAAAAGUAUUUUGUUUAUUCUUCUUUUCGCUAGAAAAUAUUAAAUUGUUUUCAUGGACUCCAUGCGUGUAAACAGGUCUAGACUACUUGUGCAUAGGAAGAGAAAGAGAGACCAUGAUCUCCCUAUUCUUCUCAUGUUGUUAUGGCUUCGGGUUCUGUGUUUUUUCUUUAUUUCAUAUCUUAUCAUACUCUUUCUUCAGUAGUUCUGCUUUUAGAGAUAAUUUACGGUUGAAAAAGAAUUCCUUUUAUUUUGUACCUUUGUGGGAACUGUCCCUUUCUCCAUCUCACAGAUUUUGUAUUUGGCAGGUUAUCAUAUAUUCACCUGCACGAACUGCAACACAACAAGGUUCUGGAAAAGUUGGAAAGUGGAAGAUUAACUUUAUGUCAACACAGAAGUAAUAACGAUCAUCACUUUCUUUGCUAAUUUGGGAAUCUGUGUAUAUUUAAGUUUCUGCACUGUAGAUGUUUAUCUGAAACGUGGUUGGAAAAUAUCAGCAAUAAGUGCGUAACCAAUUUUCAUGUGCGUUCGUACAUAACAUACCUAGUAACAGGUGGUAUUCAAUAUCUACAGUAUAGUGUCUGGUGGGAAUCAUCCUGCGACAUAUCUGUAGAAAAGAGUGACGCUUGGUUUUCAGCCUGUGAAAUGUUAUUAUUGGAAGACGAUUACACAAUAUAAGAUAAACUUGUUAUUUACUGCGUCAGCUGUGAUCAUGCAAACGUACACUCGCUUUUAAAGAAAAAGAUCAGGCAAGCUGCUAGAUCAGGCGACCUGUGGGGCUAAGAAGCUAGGAGCUAGCAUUAUAUUUUGGAAGAAUUCAACGGCAUAGUAAAAAUGGUCGCCUUUAAGGAAAAAAAAAGUCAUGUGACCUACUGAAUUAUAUCCAUACUGUGUGAUGAGCUGUAAUUUGCUCGGCAGUUGUUCUCAUGUCUAUAACAUGGCCUUCAUUACAAUAUCUUUCAUCUGUCCAUUGGUUUCAGAAAUGUUAAAUGUAAUCAGAGCUGUUGUUAUUUGUUCGUCCUCUAUCAUUAUUAUCACCUUCAUUUUCAUUUGGCUAUAUCUUAUCAAUAUGAUGACUUUAUCGUAACAGUACAUAAGAUUAGACCUCGUCCCCGGGUUGAACCGUGGUGAUCUGAUUCCAAUGAAGUCCGUCUUAGACGGGUCAGCCAGUUAGGGGAGAUAACAUCAUUCGGGUUAUAAAAUGAAGACAGAUUUUGUUUCAACUUAGUAAAUACAAUUUGGCUGUAUCUUAUCAAUAUGAUGGCAGCAGUUUUCAAAAUCGGUCUUGCUGAUAAAAAACUGUUGUAAACGUCGUUCCCCUGAACCUAAUGUCUCAUUCUCAUGAGUGUGUGUGUGUGUGUGUGGCACAAGGCAGAAAGUUUUGGGGUAGAAAUGAUGAUAAUCUGCGUCAGAAAAAGGGGUCAAGCUUUUUUUACGAGUCUUUUCUUUUUCGUCAUCAUCAGUCUCUCUUCUUCUUUCUUCUCUCCUCUUAGUGAGUUGCAUGUGUGUUCUUCUAAUUCUCUCUAGUAGAGCUGAUCCUGCUAAAAACCAAUCAAAGUAAAAUGACCCGAUUUCUAGAGUUUAUUUUGCUUUAACAAAUAUAAAUAUUUCAAGGAGUAUCGUUAUUCCCCCCUUUGAAAUCACAUCUGCCAAUUAUGCAUGGGAUGCAAAUAUUUGAUGUGUUUAGGGCAAGAAAAGAUGUUCCAAAGUUUGACUAGAAAAUUAUAUAAUCAAUGUAACUGGAAUGCCGCACUUGAUUUCUAUAAGAGACUGAUACUGCGGGUUUAUUUGCCAAUGGAUGCUGGACCCACCCUUUAUCAUUCCAUGUCCCUUGUCAAUUCUUUUGAAAUUAUGAUUUCCCUAGGGAACAUCCGUGCAAAUAUAGUAUACGAGAAAAUUAUGAUUCCCUUGUCAAUUCUUUUGUUUCUCAUUCUCUACACCACCUGUAAAUGCAUGCGUUCAGGUCUAGGUCGGAAAUGCCUUUUUUAAUCUAUAAAAGAGGAUUUAACUUUUCCUUGAAGGACUGCCAAAAAGAUUUCUCAGCAAAAUAAAAAAAAAAUUAUCUGGAAGAAAAUAUUGUUUGACUGACGACUUUACGUCGAACUCUAAUUCUGAGGAGAGAAACAGUAAAAUUGUCGUGUUUUUGAUACCAAAGUGAUGAACAUGCAUCGUUUUUAUUGGGUGCGGGUGCUGUGUUCUCUGUGCUUGAACUACCGUGAAGCAUAUGCAGUUGAUCUCAUGGAGCCGUAUCUGAUGAUGUAAAGUAGAAAUGGUUUUUAUGCUACUUAAAAUAGGAAAGAAAGUAAUGAAUUUCAUCACAGUUAGUAUAUUAAAAAGUUUACCGUUUCUUUAUACAUGUGACUGGAACUACUAUUCAUUGCUCAUUCGUUUUAAUCUCUUCUGGUCUUCGUUUCUUUUACGUAGCCAUUGAUGUGUGCUUUAUAAUGAUAGUUGAAACGCGUGUAAAUCCGUGCCCUCCGUUCAUUCAUCCCUCGUAGAUGCUUUUAAUGAACGUUUCCCAUUGCAGAUGGGAGAAUCCUUUGAUGGGUUGGACUUCCACUGGGGACCCGUACGCCAAUGUAGGUGAUGCAGGGCUCAGCUUUGACAGCGAUGAAGCAGCUAAGGCAUUUGCUGAGAAGCACGGGUGGGACUACGUGGUAUGUAAAUACAUUUCUUUUAAGCUUGUGCAUUUAAUGUUUCGAAUGGUCGGCUAUUGCCAUGGGGCAUGUAUAGAGCUAUCUAAGCAUUAUUGUUGCUUCCCUUUUGUUGCCAUCAGCGCAUCACAUCUCUCGGAUUUCUUAUUAUUUUUCUACACGGUUGUUUCUUCUAAAUUUGUGCGUCUGAUUUUUACUUAAGUGCAUGAUUACAGAUCCUUCUCUUGACUCUUUGAAACUACUGUGCAGGUAAAGAAACGCCAUACACCUAUGUUGAAGGUAAGUCUCUGUUCUAUUUACAUUAAAUAUUUUUCUGUUCUUUUUUUUAUUAAGCUUCACUCAUCAAAAUGCUGCGGAUCUUGUUUUCCAUUAUCCUAAGUUCAUGAUCUUUCUGUUUGACUCACGCUUUUAUAUCUUGCCAGUUUUGUUUUCUAUCUUCUGCAUUGAUUACCAUGUUCUAGGAUUUUUACUUGUAGUUCUGCAGUUGCAUAUACCAUCUAUUAAAUCUAGACACUUGACCUUCAAGUUUUAUUCGUCCACCUUCACAUGUGGGGGCGUAGGAAACGAUGUGAUACUAGGAAGCCUGUUGUAUUGCAGCAUGUGAAUUUGUGACAGCUCACUUAAUGCGAGUCAAAUUUGUCAGAAACCAUCGCCCCGUUUUUUGUGAAGUUUCUGCCUUGUCUAGACAUAGAGGGAUUAAAAAGACUCCAUUUCAUGUAAAAUUUUCUCUUGUAAUUGCUUGAAUAAUUGCUCUGUUGUAAAAUGCGAUUAUGCUCGUAAGAUUAAAGUUUUAUCCCAAUGAUUUUUUGGUCUCCUGUCUACAACACGGACAUACACAUCCAAAACCUCUUAAUAUAAGUACAAAUACCCUACUCUUGUGGGCACAAUUAGCAGUUCUUUUCUCGUUUAUGUGCGUUAGGUCCUUGAAUCCUCUGGCGUCUGUUGCUGUCAUCUUUUUGGCUAAUAAGUUGGAAUUCCUGUUUCGGACAGGCCAAGGCUUAUGCAGACAACUUCAAGUGGAAGGGCCCCCCAAAAUCCGAUGAACAGUGA